CUGGCUCCCGCUCCUGACCCGGAAUCGGAUCCUGGUCCCGCCCCCUCCACCAGGCUUCCUUCUGCAACAGGCGUGGGUCACGCUCUCGCUCGCUCUCUUUCUGCCGCCAUCUUGGUUCCGCGUUCCCCGCACAAAAUGCCUGGUGAAGCCACAGAAACCGUCCCUGCUACAGAGCAGGAGUUGCCACAGCCCCAGGCUGAGACAGCUAUGCUUCCUGUGUCUUCAGCCUUGAAUGUCACUGCUGCCUUAGGGCAGCCUGAAUCUACCCUUCCCCCUUCUUGUUCCCUGGCUCCCCAACAAUGCCCUCUGGCAACCCCUAACCAGCCUUCCCCAUUUCUUUCUCCCUCUAGUGUUGCUUCAACCCCUUUUGAAGCUCCUUUUCCCCAGUCAUCCUCUGGGACAGCCCUGCCUUUGGGAGUUGUCCCUUCCCCCACUGACACCCCAGCUUUCCUGCCAAACCUACUAGGGCCUCCCAUCUCCCCAGCUGCCUUAGCUCUGGCCUCUCCCAUGAUAACUCCAACUCUGAAAGGCGCCCAUUCUUCUUCAGCUCCCUUGGCUCUGGUGGCCUUGGCUCCCCACUCAGUUCAGAAGAACUCUGCUCAUCCACUUAACCCUCUUAGUUCACCUCCUUCGAUUGCUGUGACUAAGUCAGGGUCAGUGACCUCCCUGUCAUCUCCCAUUGCUUCCUCAGAACCAAAGACCUCUCCUAUUCAAGACCCCUUACAAGUAGACCCUCGAAAAAUUACCCCCGUCCCUCCAAGUAUAGUCAGUGCUGUUCCUGCCCAUGUUGGAACUCCCUUGGCCUCUGUUCAGUCUGGAGUAGCCUCAUGUCCUCAGAUGCCACCCACCACUCCCCUAGCCAUCACUCCCCCUCAGUUCAGAGACAUCCCUGUUUCCUCAGCUCUGACUUCUCAACAAAACAAGGAAAGCCUCAGCCUAAAGGGACCCCAUAGUUCACCUGCUGCCUUAUCUGUUUCAACUCAGUCUAUUUCUGUGUCUCCCAACAUCUCUGCAGUUUUUCUCCCUUCUCUAGGCUCUCACCCUGUACCUUUACAUCAGAGUUCUCUUGGUUCUCCUAUUCAGCCCUUAGGUCAAACAGGCCAUAAUGUUCUGUCAGAUGCUAUACGGAAUGCUACUUCUGCAGAUCAUUCUUCCACAGGGACCUCUUACCCUUCUCAGAGAUCUGUAAUUCCUCCCCCUCCUUCCAAAAAUGAGGUGACUUCUGCUGCUGUGGCUGCUUUUCCAGCAGGGACUCGAGAUUCCCCUUUGACUCUUUCUGUUGACAAAGAUCCCUCUGCUGUCACUGGCAUAGCCUCCUACAACCCCUCUGGUUCAUUAAAUGUAGCUACCUCUUCUCCAUUAUCUCCUACAGCCUCUCUCAUUCUCAAAGGUUCUCCUGAUGCCACUCAUCAUCAGCCUUUGGUGGCCCAAAUUCCUGCUUCUCCAGAGAGUCCAAGCUUGAAAGAAGCUCCUGUUUGUUCUGUUGGAACCACCCCAUUUGUUAUGGCUAACCCCUCUACAGUUUCUGCAGCACCUACUACCUUCGAGAUAGCUACUUGUGUCUCUCCUCCAGUUUCAUCAGGUCCCAUAAGUAGUAAGGACUCCACUUCCCAUACUGCCCUUGUUAUGACUCCUGUGGCUCCCAAAGAGCUUCCUGCUCCUCAAGUAACAGCCCCUCUGGGAAUACCAGUCUCUCCUCCUCUGCCAGCCCCUGAGAACCCCAAAAGUCUCCCUGCAUCAGUAUUGGUAAAGUUACCAACACAGAAAGAUCUCCAGACUUCACCUGCCUCUGUUGCUGGAGCCCCUGUUUCACCAGUCCAGGCAGGACUCCCUAUCAAGACAGACCCUACUCUAAUACCAUUGGCCCUGGCAGCCCCUAAAAAUCCCGCCUCUUCCCAAAGUACAUCAUCAUCAUUGGAGAUCCCUCUUUCCCCUGAAACCACCUUAGCAAAGAAAAGCCUUGUAGAGCCUCUCCCUCUAGUUAUGCCAGUCAAUACUACUCCCUGUCCUCUGGGUGUUAACUCUCCAACCUCUGUAAUCAAGACAGAUCCUUAUGCAAGCCCAGACCCCACGAGUCUGCUUCCCAGAAGUUCUCUCCCUACCCCAACCAUGGCUACAUUUUCUGCUGCCACUGCUGGGGUGGCUCCUACCACUAUAGCCAGCCCUUUCCUAGGAGCUGUCUCUUUGGCUCAUAAAAGCCACCCAGAUAAGGAGGUUAGUUCCACUCUUACUAUUUUACCUUUGGUUCCACCAGCCUCCGAAAGUUGCCCUGUGGCUCCAACUGUGACUUUACCCCCCCAGAAUGUUUCUGCUUUUCCAGCUGCCAUGGCACUGGCCCCUGAAAUUCCCAAGUCUGAGCCCUUUCCCUCUCUUCCUCCUCAAGGUGCAAAGAAAGUUCAUGGUAUUUCUCAUACCUCGGCAUUGGAACCUGUGGCUUCCUCUCCUGAAGGGCACCCAACCAAGGACUCUGGUUCUUCUGUUAAUACAUCUUCUCAAGGAACUUCCCUAGCUGACUCCACAUCUCGUUUAGGGACUAGUGUGUCUCCCCAAACUAAAAGACGUCCAACCAAGAAGGGUUCAACUACUUCUACCUUAACUCUUUCUAAAAGUGUACCUGCUAUCCCUGAUACUCCUCCUGGAAAUCACUCAUCCCCUAUUUCUCCAGUUGAAGCUUCCUUUCUUCCAGAGGCCAAUCUUUCUUUUCAAGUCCCUAAAGGGUCACUGGCCAAGAAGCAUUCCCCUACUCCAUCCCCCAAAGAGGCCCCAGAUACCCCAUCUCCCAAAGAGGCCUCCACUCCCCCAGCUGUGGCUCCUCCCUCCCCCAAAAAGUCCCAAGCAGCUCCAUCCCCCAAGAGAGCCCCAGCUACUCCAUCUCCCAAAGGAACCUCCACUGCCCCAGCUGUGGCUCCCCCCGCCCCCAAAGGGGGCCCAACAACUCUAUCCCCUAAAGAGACAUCCACUCCAGCAGUGAAUCCUUCCUGCCCCAAAGGGGCUCCCACCCCCCAGGCCAUAGCUCCUCCCUCCCCCAAAGGGGGCCCAGCAACCCCAUCCCCUAAAGAGCCUUCCACUCCUCCUUCCUCCCCCAAAGAGACUCCUUCCUCCCCCAAAGAGUCCCCAGCUACCCAACUUCCCAGAGGGGCCCCUACCCCAGAAGCUGUGGCUCCUGUCUCUCCCAAAGAGUCCCAAGCAACUCCAGCCCCCAAAAGAGCCCCAGCUGUGGCUCCUCCAGCCCCCAAAAAGUCCCAAGCAACUCCGGCCCCCAAAAGAACCCCAGCUACUCCAUCUUCCAAAGGGGCUUCCACUGCCCCAGCUGUGGCUCCUGCCUCCCCCAAAGGGGGCCCAGCAAUUCCAUCCCCUAAAGAAACCUCCACUCCCCCAGCUAUGACUCCUUCCUCCCCCAGAGAAUCCCCAGCUACCCAACCUCCCAGCGGAGCUCCCACUACCCCAGCUGUGGCUCCUGCCUCUCCCAAAGAGUCCCAAGCAACUCCAGCCCCCAAAGGGGGCCCAGCAACCCCAUCCUCUAAAGAGACCUCCACUCCACCAGCUAGGACUCCUCCCUCCCCCAAAGGGGGCCCAGCAACCCCAUCCUCUAAAGAGACCUCCACUCCACCAGCUAGAACUCCUUCCUCCCCCAGAGCUGCCCAACCUCCCAGAGAGGCCCCCACCCCUCAAGCUGUGGCUCCUGCCUCUUCCAAAGAGUCCCAAGCAACUCCAGCCCCCAAAAGAGCCCCAGCUUCCCCACUUCCUAAAGGGACCCCCUUUGUCCCAGCUGUGGCUCCUCCCUCCCCCAAAAAGUCCCAAGCAACUCCAGCCCCCAAAAAAGCCCCAGCAACUUCAUCUCCCAAAGGGUCCCCUAAUGCCCCAGCUGUGGCUCUUCCCUCCCCCAAAGAGUCCUCAGCUACCCAACCUCCCAAAGGAACCCCCACUCCCCCAACUGUGGCUCCUCCCUCCCCGAAAGGAGGACCAGCAAUUGUAUCCCCUAAAGAGACCCCCACUUCCCCAAUAAUGACUCCUCCCUCCCCCAAAGGGGCCUCAGCUGCCUCAUCUCUCAAAGGAACCCUUACUCCCUCAGCUGUGACUCCUUCCUCCCACAAAGAGUCUCCAGAAACUCCAGCCCCCAAGGGGGCCCCAACAACCCCACCUCCCAAGCGGGCCUCCACUCCCCCAGCUCUGACUCCUUCCUCCCCCAAAGAGUCUCUAGCUACCCCAUCCUCCAGAGGGACCUCAGCAACUCCAUCUCCCAAAAGAGCCCCAGGGACUCCAUCCUCCAAAGGAACCUCAGCAGCUUCAUCCCCCAAAAGAGCACCAGCUACCCCAUCCUCCACAGGUGCCCCCACUCCCUCAUCUGAGACAUCUCCCUCACCCAAAGAGGCCCCUAUAUCUCCAGUUUCAGUUACUUGUCCCUUGGGGUCCACUGCCCCUCAGGCAUCUAAAGGCCUACCAAUAAUGAAAGGUCCCACAGCUCUCAAACCAGUACUUGUUGCCCCAGCUCCAGAAAGUGCACCAGUUGUCACAGUUCCCUCUGAGAAAGAUCCACUGGCCAAGAAGAGUUCUGCUACUCCACCUCCUGUGUGCCCCGAUCCCUCAGCCAAGAAUGGUACUAAAGGACCCCUUUCUACAAUGGCUCCAGCCCCUCUACUGACAGUCUCUGCUCAGAAAGCCUCUUCUCCAAAGACUCCCAAAACCCUUCCUGUUUCUCCAUUAAAAGGCAAAGAUUCUUUUCAUUCCCCAAAGAGCCCCUUGGCUCUUGCUCCUGAGUCUGUGACAUCUACCCCUCUAGCAACAGCUUCCUCUGAGAAGGUCCUUCCUAAUGCUGGAUCAGCAUCUGUCUCUCCAGCACCCACCCCACCAGUCUCUCUGCCUCUCCCUCCCUCCCCAGUUCCCCCUCUGCUUCCUAAACAGCAAUUUCUGCCGUCCUCACCUGGGCUGGUGCUGGAAUCACCCUGUAAGCCCUCAGCCCCUGCUGAUGAGGAUGAGCUGCCGCCUCUGAUUCCCCCGGAACCAAUCUCGGGGGGAGUGCCUUUCCAGUCGGUCCUCGUCAACAUGCCCACCCCUAAACCUGCUGGGAUCCCUGCCCCAACCCCCUCUGCCAAGCAGCCUGUUCUGAAGAACAACAAGGGGUCUGGAACAGAAUCGGACAGUGAUGAAUCAGUACCAGAGCUUGAGGAACAGGAUUCCACACAGGCAACCACCCAACAAGCCCAGCUGGCAGCAGCAGCUGAAAUCGAUGAAGAACCAGUCAGUAAAGCAAAACAGAGCCGGAGUGAAAAGAAGGCACGGAAGGCUAUGUCCAAACUAGGUCUUCGACAGGUUACAGGGGUUACAAGAGUCACUAUCCGGAAAUCUAAGAAUAUCCUCUUUGUCAUCACAAAACCAGAUGUCUACAAGAGCCCAGCUUCAGAUACCUACAUAGUUUUUGGGGAAGCCAAGAUCGAGGAUUUAUCUCAGCAGGCACAACUAGCAGCUGCUGAGAAAUUCAAAGUUCAAGGUGAAGCUGUCUCAAACAUUCAAGAAAACACACAGACUCCAACUGUACAAGAAGAGAGUGAAGAGGAAGAGGUUGAUGAAACAGGUGUAGAGGUUAAGGACAUAGAACUGGUCAUGUCGCAAGCAAAUGUAUCAAGAGCAAAGGCAGUUCGAGCCCUGAAGAACAACAGUAAUGAUAUUGUAAAUGCUAUUAUGGAAUUAACAAUGUAACCGUCUGAAAACGAGGACCCUUUUUUGGUGUUUCAAAAGAAUAACUGCAGCUUGGUUUGAAAUUUGUACUGUUUCUAUCAUUAAUAAAGUUAUGGCUUCUUGUUGGAUGAA